UGGCCGGCCUUAAAACAAACUCUGUGGCUUCACUUCCUCCCAGGAAGACAGUCCCCAGCAGCCCGUUGAGAAAGAGCAACGCACGACCCGUCGACAUGAAGACGUGAAGUCCACCUGAUGACCUCCUCUCUGGACUGAAGCGUGUUGUUAAGGUGGAAUGACCGUGGACUGAAGCGUGUUGUCAAGGUGGAAUGACACCCCUGUCGGCAAACCGGCUGUUUGACCUCCAUCUGCUCACUGCUGCUGGCUGCAGGAAGUUGGCGUGUGCUGGACUAUGAGUGGGUGUAGACCUCUGCCCGAGGGCUGUGAGGAUCCGAUCCAGGGCCCCCGUCAGGCCUCGCGGCGCUGGCACCGUUACAGGAAGUCCUGGCAGAGAUCCGACCCCCAGCCGGCUCCUGAGCAGCCAUUGGACAGAUACAGGUGGAGGACAUCUGCCUGCCUGGCAGCCAGAGAGCCUCUGCACCUGCGGAUGUUCAGCCUGCCGAGGUUCAACACCGCCCAGGACGACCGGGCCGGAGAUCAGGCCCAGGAAGGCCUGACGAGGCCCGGCUCUCUUCGCAGGAUCUUCCCGUACUUCAGGUCCAUGUCUGAGCCCGGAGCGAGCAGCGGGCCGGGGAGGACGGCAGUCAGGAAGGUGGGAUCAGACGCUGAGCGAAGGACUCCUUCCAUCAGCAGCUUCCUCAGCUCGUUCUCUCGGAGGAUCAGCAGAGUCCUCAGAGACGGGCCAGAACCUGAAGGAGGAGAGUCCGACAUUAAAGGUCCUCCGGCUCACCGGUUCUCCUGCGGUCAGAGUCCGUACACCGACAGCAGUGCCUGGGACAGGAAGUUCUGCAUCCUGACGGACAGCCAGCUCAUCCUGCUCAACAAGGACGAUGAGGCUGCAGGUGAGCCUCAGGAGAGCCCGACAGACUCGUCCAAAGGUCGGAGUCUCCGCCGGACCGUCAGCGUCCCCUCAGAGGGACAGUUCCCAGAAUUCCCAGCAGAGGGCGCCGCCAUGUUAGAAGUGUCUUCAGACCGGUCUCCGAGGAGGAGGAGUAUCUCCGGUGUGGGGAGUUCGGAGAAGAGCGUCGCCGUCGACAACCCGAACUCGUCUCCGUUUAAAGUGCCGGGCUUCUUCAGUAAACGUCUCAAAGGUUCCAUCAAGAGGACGAAGAGUCAGACCAAACUGGACCGGAACACGAGCUUCAGACUGCCGUCGCUGCGACCCGCUGAGCCCGACAGGUCUCGCGGGCUCCCCAAGCUGAAGGAGUCGACCUCCCAUGAGUCUUUGCUGAGCCCGGGCAGCGCGGUGGAGGCUCUGGACCUGAGCAUGGAGGAGGACGUGUUCGUCAAGCCUCUGCACAGCAGCAUUCUGGGACAGGAGUUCUGCUUCGAGGUGACGUACUCGGGCGGCAGCAAAUGUUUCAGCUGCACGUCAGCCUCCGAGAGAGACAAGUGGAUGGAGAACCUGAGGAGGACGAUUCAGCCCAACAAGGACAACUGUCGGCGGGCGGAGAACCUGCUGCGCCUGUGGAUCAUCGAAGCCAAAGAUCUGCCGCCAAAGAAGAAAUAUUUUUGCGAGCUGUGUCUGGACGACGUCCUGUACGCCCGGACCACCAGCAAGACUCGCCACGACAGCCUGUUCUGGGGCGAGUACUUCGACUUCGCGGGCCUGCCCGCCAUGCACAGCAUCACGGUGCACAUAUACCGUGACGUGGACAAGAAGAAGAAGAAGGACAAGAACAACUAUGUAGGCCUGGUCAACAUCCCGGUGUCGGGCGUGACGGGCCGGCAGUUCGUGGAGAAGUGGUACCCGGUCAGCACGCCCACCACCAGCAAGGCCAAAGGAGGCGGGCCGUCCAUCCGCAUCAAGUCGCGCUUCCAGACCAUCUCCAUCCUGCCCAUGGAGCAGUACAAGGAGUUCGCCGAGUUCGUCACCAACAACUACACCAUGCUGUGCUCGGUGCUGGAGCCCGUCAUCAGCGUCAAGAACAAGGAGGAGAUGGCCUGCGCGCUCGUCCACAUCCUGCAGAGCACCGGCAGGGCAAAGGACUUCCUGACAGACCUGGUGAUGUCAGAGGUGGACCGCUGUGCCGACCACGAUGUGCUGAUCUUCAGAGAGAACACGCUCGCUACCAAAGCCAUCGAGGAGUACCUGAAGCUGGUGGGACAGAAGUACCUGCAUGACGCACUCGGUGAGUUCAUCAAAGCUCUGUACGAGUCGGAUGAGAACUGUGAGGUUGACCCGAGUCGAUGUUCUGGAGGUGACCUGGUAGAACAUCAGAGUAACCUGAAGAUGUGCUGCGAGCUGGCCUUCUGCAAGAUCAUCAACUCAUACUGCGUGUUUCCUCGGGAGCUGAAGGAAGUGUUUGCGUCGUGGAAGCAGCAGUGUGUCUCUCGUGGACACCAGCAGGACAUCAGUAAGCGUCUGAUCAGCGCCUCGCUCUUUCUGCGCUUCCUGUGCCCGGCCAUCAUGUCCCCGUCGCUCUUCAGCCUGAUGCAGGAGUAUCCUGACGACCGCACGUCACGCACACUCACGCUCAUCGCCAAAGUCAUCCAGAACCUCGCCAACUUCACCAAAGGAGGAAACAUGGCCUUCAUGAACGACUUCCUGGAGCACGAGUGGGCGGGGAUGAUGCGUUUCCUGUCCGAGAUCUCCAACCCGGAGACUCUGUCCAACACGCCGGGCUUCGAGGGCUACAUCGACCUCGGCCGCGAGCUGUCCGUCCUGCACGCUCUGCUGUGGGAGGUCGUCUCUCAGCUCGACAAGGCCACCGUGGCGAAGCUCGGCCCACUGCCGAGGAUUCUGGGAGACAUCUCUCGCUGCCUGGCGGCGCCGACGCCGGUCCAGCAGCAGCUGCGCCGUUUCCAGGACAACAGCUCGUCACACAACAUCAGCGGGAGCCUAUCGUCAGGGUUACAGCGCAUCUUUGAGGACCCCGCCGACAGCCACAGCGAGGUCCGCAGCCUGCAGUCUCCAGUCAGCGACCUGAUGGAGGGUUAUGUUCGUGGUCAGCGCCCCCUGCUGGCUCAGCAGCAUCCCUCCGCCCACGGCAGCUUCUCUGACCACGAGGAGCGUGACGGCCCGCUGCCUAACGGGCGCAGCAUCUCUCUGGUCGACCUGCAGGACGCUCAGAGCCCGCACGCCACCGCGGGGCCGCCGCCACACCACGAGGCCCCGCCCCGCCUCAGCAGGGUGGGUUCCCAGGCCUCCAUCGGGCACGCCCCGCCCCCGCUCACCUACCCGCACUCCAACCCUCUCACCCCGCAGCCGGCACCGCAUCACGCCAAAGUGGUGUCCAGAGACGGUCAGCCGCAGAGCGCGCCACAGGUGAGGCGGCCGCUCCACCCGUCGCUCAGCCAGCAGCGCAGCCUGCAGCCGCUGUCCUUCCAGAACCCCGUCUACCACCUGAGUAACCCCGCCCACAGCCUGUCCACGCGCUCAGCCCACUCGCUGCGGCACGACUCCAGCUCGGAGAACCUGAGCACGGAGAGCUCGCACAACAGCCACAGCAACUCCGACGACUUUGGCAGCCAGGUGGGGGUCAAAGGUCGCGUGGCGUCCAACAGCAGCCUGGACGAGCUGGGCAGCAGGCGGAGCACGCAGAGCGAGGAGUGCUCCACGCCGCGCCGCCAUGUGCCACCCGACCUGCCGCCCGGCGCCGCCACCGCGGUCGCCGUCCCCCGUCAGAGCACGACGGCAGGCACCGCCCACAUCGUCAAGGUGGAGCAGCAGAGCAGGGGAGGGGGCGGGGCCAGGACGCCACGCUCCCUCCCUCACAGCGCGUCACUACGCAGCAGCAGCAGCACCAACACGGAGCCCACGCCCACCGCCGCCCACGCCACCCGACAGCAGUCCACCUGCUCCGUGGAGAACGUGGCUCCGCCCACGAGGAGCGCCACCAAGCCGGUACAGCAGGUGGCGUCUCCGGUGGAGGCGGUGGCGAUGUCACCGGUGGAGAGGACGGCAGCCUGGGUGCUCAACAACGGACAGUACGAGGAGAAGGAGGAGGAGGGAGGAGAGAGGAGCAGAGAGGAGGGCAGGAACACUGAGAAGUAUGAGUUGGAGAUCUCCCGGUUGAAGGAGCGUCUGCGGGUGUCUGGUCGGCGUCUCGAGGAGUACGAGCGGCGCCUCCUGGCUCAGGAGCAGCAGAUGCAGAAGCUCCUGCUGGAGUACAAACACCGUCUGGAGGACAGCGAGGAGCGACUGAGGAGACAGCAGGAGGAGAAGGACAGCCAGAUGAAGAGCAUCAUCUGCAGGUACCACAAGCUCCACCUGAGUUAAAAGAGGGAUCACGCAGAGAUGCAGGCGGUGAUUGAAGCCAAACAGAAGAUCAUCGACGCUCAGGAGAAGCGGAUCGGCUCCCUGGACGCGGCGAACUCGCGGCUGAUGGCGGCGCUGACGCAGGUGAAGGAGCGCUACAGCGCGCCCAACCUCCGCAACGGCCUGUCACCCAGCAACCCCACCAAGCUGUCCAUCACUGAGAACGGGGAGUUCAAGAACAGCAGCUGCUGAUUGGCUUAGCAGGACACGAGAGGCGGGGCUUAAACUGUUCAACUCCGCCCACCCCCCACCCCCCCUCCCCGUCCAGCUGCAGAGAGAGUUUAACGAGUUUAACGGAUUUAACGAGUUUAACGAGAAUCUUUAAGAGUGUAAAUACUGAAGGUUUGAUCUGACCCGUGUACAGUGUGUGUGUGUGUGUGUGUGUGUGUGUGUGUGUGUGUGUGUUACAGAAGCACAGUGAAGAGGAAACAAACCCAAAGAAACUAAAACGCACUCGACUUUUCUAAACAACUUUUUUAUUGUUUUUAUUUGAAUUUUCUGUUUUUGUUGAUUUGAAACUUUUUUUUUUUUUACCGAGUUUUUUUUUGUUUGUUUUGUUUUUAAUUUAUUUUCACGUCGUCCCCGCGUCGUCGUCGUCGAUCUACUGAACAGACUCUGUGGGAUCAGGGUCAAAGGUCGCCUGUCUGCUGUCAUGACCAUGUUGAAUAAAAGCUGCCUGAAAGUCUGA